UUGUCACAGUUCUCAUCAAGCACAGUGCAGGCAGGAUCUCUCUCUUAUUACAGCGCUGACAUGGGGACCAUGCUGAAAUUAACCCUUCUCGGGGUCACCCUGGGAUUUCUUGGGGAACGUAUUUACCAGUUCUGCCAUCAAACUGGAUUUUUCAAAGAGGUAGAACUUAUUGACCUUCCCAACUGUCAGCUAGUGAAAGGAAUUGAAUAUGGCUCGGAAGAUAUUCAUCUUCUUCCCAAUGGACUCGCAUUCAUCAGCUCUGGCUUGAAACACCCAGCGCUAAAGAGUUUUGCACCCAACAAACCUGCAGAAAUAUUGCUGGUGGAUCUGAACAAUGACGUCCUUCACCCAAAACCACUACAGCUCAGUGAAGUCAUUGAUGCGUCUUCAUUUAAUCCUCAUGGGCUCAGUGUGUACAUUGAUGAGAGAGAUGGCACGGUCUAUCUUUUUGUCGUGAAUCAUCCAAUUCCUGAUUAUAAUAGCUGUAUUGAAAUUUUUAAAUUUGAUGAGAAGAAAAAUUAUCUCUUACAUCUGAAGACCAUUAAACAUCCAUUAUUGCAAAGUGUGAAUGAUAUUGUCGCUGUUGGACCGGAGAGCUUUUACGCCACUAAUGAUUAUUACUUUGAGAGUGUACCUAUGAAAAUUGUAGAGGGUUUCUUUGGAUUAAAGUGGACAAAUGUGGUAUACUACAGUCCUAGGAAUGUCCGAGAAGUGGCUCCGGGACUCUACAGUGGCAACGGUAUUGCCAUAUCAAACGAUAAAAAAUUUAUUUAUGCUGUUGAUAUCAUGGCUCACGCAAUCAAGGUCUAUGAAAAACAUGACAACUGGUCCCUAACCCUUGUAAAGGCAGUUGACGUAGAUACUUGCCCAGAUAACCUGUUUGUGGAUCCAGUUACAGGGGAUAUCUGGACAGGGGCACAUCCAAAUGCAUAUAAAGUGUUCUUUUACAAAGAUGAAGAUCCCCCUUUAUCAGAGGUUAUCCGUAUACAGAAGAUUCACUCAGAUCACCCGAUAGUGACCCGGGUUUACGUCAAUAACGGCUCAGUGAUUCAAGGGUCAUCCAUAGCCGUAGUGUACAAGAAGAAGCUGAUUAUAGGGACCAUAUUCCACAAAGCUCUGUACUGUCAGCUGGAUUAAUGAACCACCAGGACCUGAAGAAACUAUCCGACAUAGAUAAAAUAAAAUAAUACAUUUUUGGAAAAUAAUUUUCUUUGUGUUUCAGAAAUCAUUUUGAGAAGUGGAAAGUUCCUGGGGGGAGGGGGUGGAUUUGCAGAGACACACUCAGAGAAGGGCAAUAGAAUCUACAUGCAGUGUGCAAUGUGUAUUAGAAUGUUACUAUUAGCUUGCAAUUUCUUGUGCAAAUGCCCCCUCUAGUGGUAAGUGGUAACAUUGCACCAAUGUCUAAAGUAUGGCUAAAAGCUCCUGUCUAAACAGGUACCAAAUCCAGUUACUAUGUGAUGCACAACCCUCAUAAAGUACAAUAAAACAACAAAAAAUGUCCUUUACCUUC